GAAGCGGAAAGAGCAUCGGGAGUCGACACCGUUAUAGCUGAACAUCUUAAACACCAGCACUAUUCCACAAGCAGACGCGUUUCCUUUGUAGACACAAAAAAACAAAAAUCCGCUUAAGGACCUAGUUUAUGAUUUAAACAAAAAUGGCUUCGUCUCCUCAGAAGUCUCCGUCCUCUCCGAAAUCUCCGAGUCCCAGAUCACCGCCCUCCAGGAAAAAGGACGACUCCUUCCUCGGGAAACUCGGAGGAACUUUGGCCAGAAGAAAAAAGGCAAAAGAAGUUUCGGAGCUCCAAGAAGAGGGCAUGAACGCAAUCAACCUGCCUCUGAGUCCCACUCCGUUUGAGCUGGAUCCUGAGGACACCAUGCUGGAGGAGAACGAAGUCCGCACGAUGGUCGAUCCCAAUUCCAGAAAUGACCCUAAACUCCAGGAGCUCAUGAAGGUGCUGAUCGACUGGAUCAACGAUGUUUUAGUGGGAGAGCGAAUCAUCGUCAAAGAUCUAGCUGAGGACCUUUAUGAUGGACAGGUUCUUCAGAAGCUCUUUGAAAAGCUGGAAGGAGAGAAACUUAAUGUCGCUGAGGUCACGCAGUCCGAGAUUGCCCAGAAGCAGAAGCUUCAGACUGUCCUGGAAAAGAUCAAUGACACACUCAAAGUGUCCUCCAGGAACAUCAAAUGGAACAUUGACUCAAUACAUGCUAAGAGCAUAGUCGCCAUUCUUCACUUGUUGGUGGCUCUCUCUCAGCACUUCCGCGCUCCGAUCCGUCUCCCAGACCACGUGUCUAUACAAGUAGUCGUGGUUCAGAAACGUGAGGGCAUCCUUCAGUCUCAGCAGGUCCUAGAGGAAAUUACUGGCAAUACAGAGGCUUUAUCUGGAAGACAUGAGCGUGAUGCCUUCGACACCUUGUUCGAUCAUGCACCAGACAAGUUGAACGUUGUUAAAAAAACUCUUUUGACUUUUGUGAACAAGCACUUGAACAAGUUGAACCUGGAGGUGUCUGAGCUCGACACACAGUUUGCUGAUGGUGUCUACCUGGUAUUGCUGAUGGGGCUCCUGGAGGGAUAUUUUGUUCCAUUGUAUAACUUCUUCCUUACUCCAGAUAAUUUUGACCAUAAGGUGCACAACGUUUCAUUUUCCUUUGAGCUGAUGCAAGAUGGCGGUUUGGAGAAGCCGAAACCAAGGCCCGAGGACAUUGUCAACUGUGACCUGAAGUCAACAUUACGUGUUCUCUACAACCUCUUUACCAAGUACAGGAAUGUGGAAUGAAUUCACAGCACUUACGUCAGAAAUGACAUCCUUAUCAGUAUUAGACAUUUUUUACUUAUGGUUUCUUAUUUACAGUAUUCAGUAUCAUUUCAGUAUUCAGUCUGCUCUGUAUUUAUCCAACAUGAUAUGAAAUCUUAAUAUUAUCCUUUUAAUUUUCCCACUGAUGUAGUGUUGAAUGAUGGUUUAUGUUAACUGUUGAUAUUUAACUGAUUUUCUUUUUGGAUUUUAAAUUUAAUUUGUAAUCUUUCACCAUCCAAUAUACCCAGGCUCAAGGGAUAUAGCUGGGUUUCUGAUGUUUAUGAGCAUCGUAUUUCAUCCAUGUAGUUGUUUUCAGUACAUCCAGGAUUUCACAAGAGUUUUUGUUAUUGUUGCAGUCAGAAAUGCUUGAUUUUUUUUAAAUUUGUGGGAGAUUUUUGUUGUUGUUGUUUUCCACCAGACAUUACUUGAAUUGAAAUCGCAAGCACAGACUUCUACUUUAAUCUACCAAUGAAGAAGCAUAUGUAAUUACUUCCUAUGAUUGCUUCCUAUGAUCUACUCAUUCUUGCAAAUUCCUCGAAAUAUCACAGCGUUUGCUUGAUUUUACUUUCAUUUACAUUUACAUUUACAGCAUUUAGCAGACACACUUAUCCAGAGUGACUUACAACUGAGCAACUGAGGGUUAAGGGCCUUGCUCAGGGGCCCAGCAGUGGCAGCUUGGUGGACCUGGGGUUCGAACCCAUGACCUUCCGAUCAGUAGCCCAACACCUUAACCACUGAGCUACCACACCCCCACUUUCAUAUUUUUACGAUAAAAAAAAAUCACAAAAUCCUUAAGGGAACAUCUGUCCCACAUGUCCAUGUCUGUUCUUUGUCUUGGAAAUUCUGGACUGGGCCCUGGACAACUUCCCCAGUUUUCUCUCAUUGUGGUAGAUUUUAUCACUGAUGGAAACUGAGGAAAUACAUAACAGCAAGGUCUUUUACUUUUUAUUUUAAAUUGUUGCAUGAAGUUUGGGAUAGAGGAAUCUGUCUUGCUUUCUAUUAAGUGAACAGACCAAAUUAUCAAGUCCAGGCAGUUUAUUGUGCUGGUGAAUAGUCUUCAAUGUUUUUAUUUUCUGCUUGUAUGAAACUUCUAUAGAUCUGAAGCAAACAGACAUGAAAUUGCCUUCUCCACCCGAGGCAAUCAUAGAAUUCAAACCAUAAGCAGACUUAUUGCUACUAGUUUGUAAGAAUGCAAUGCGACUAUUCUGGGGGAAAAAAGGAUUCCUUCGUGCAGUUUAACGUGAAGGUCGGAGCGAUCAUUUGUUUCACUGUUGAGGUUUGAAUGCGGCUUGUGUAUGGGGCCUGACUGGCUCAGAGGAAAAGCGAAUUCCUGUCCUUGUGCUCUCUUCAUUCACCACUGACCAUUUUGUGUGACUGUCCUGUGUGUACUUUUGAACGAAUGGAAGAGGAAUAAAUUGAUCUCGAUCGCUCAGUCACACUUAAUAACUUUCAGACCAAAAGCUGUGUUUUAUUUAACCCCCAAACAAAAAGCUCGAUUAAGGCGGAGGCAGUGUUUCAUUUUAAUGGCUCACACCGGUGGUCUUUGUGCUGCCAUAAAGCUGCAUGAUGUAAUCUUGCUUUCGGUACUGAAACAGUAGGGAAGGGAAGCGGUCCUGAAAGGCAGAAGUCAUGUUUUCUCCUGUGUGCAGCACUGCACAAUUGGAUGCAACAAGGUUAUAAUGGAGGUCAAGAGAUAAUGGAAGAUGUGGAUGUUUUAGGGUGUGCUUUUCUUUGUCUGAUUUACUUGAAGACCUCCAUGUUUCACUGGCUGUGAAUUUUUAAUGGGCAUAUUUUUUUUUUGUUGGGCAUCUUCACCCACCUAACAAGUUGAAUAAUUAAAUUUAGCCGAGUUGUGUGUUUAUGACAGAGACUUGUGAAAGAGUCAGAGUAAAAUAUUCGCCUAGAUGAAUUUUACGCUCUAGUGCCAAGCUGCAAGCUCUUCUUCUUUUUUUUUUCAUGUUUCCAAAUUGCACACAUUUUAUCCCAAAAUACACUGUCAAAAGAAGCAUUUUUGGAAAAAAGUACACACCGCCUGUCAUUCUUUGGGCCCCAUUAAGAGCCAGCUGUGUUAAAUGUGAAUUUCACUGUUGCCGCCGUCUCCGACAAUGGCCUUUUCAAUAAAAACCUUUGUUCUGCUACAUUUUCUGACCCAUUAUAUGACUGGAGCUGGGGGGAGAUUAAGAGACGAGGGCGUCUUCAUCACUGAGCUGCCUCUGAGAGCCUAAAUAACAGCGAAGACCACCUGUGUAAUUGUCCAGCGCUAGGGUGUCCUGAAUAGCCAUUAGCUUCCCUGCUGCAAUUACCUUUCCUCCGGUCCCCUUCAUGACACCAGACGCAGCCGAGAGCUCUAGAGAACCUCGAAGCCUGUUUACUCCCAAACACAAUGGCUGAAACAGAGUGUCUUAUCCAGGCUGAUAUUGAUUUGUGCUUAAGAUUCGGGUCAUUACCAGUAAUUGAUUCCUCCAUUGCGUCCUCUUAACAUGCCUCGGGAGUGUGUUUACACCUGCACAGAUUGCAAAGUUCUGAUAUUUUCUAUAAAAUGGCAAGAAAGAAAAAGUGUCAAAAGCAAUCAUAUGAAUGUUGUCGUUUUUACUUUGGGAAAUGUAUACUAUGGGAGCUAUAAACUAUAUUAUGGAAGCUAUAAAAAUGUUUUUAUGCAGUUAUAACUAUUGGUAUCCUGCUCUGAAUAUCAUUUUAAGGUGCAGUUUUUCAUUUUUAACAUUUUCCUAGACCUAGUAUAAUUGUGUAGAAAUACUACACAAUUCAUGGUAUUAUCAUGUCAUUUAUCAACUUUGUAAUAACGUUGCAGUUUUUAUUUUCUGACCCUGAAAUUAGCUCCACCCCAGAUAUGCUCAACUCCCCCUUUUCCUUAAAAGGAUAUGUUUUUUAAAAGAUUUAUCUCAGUAUAAGAUAGCUUUGAAAAUGAUGUAACUAAAUUUAUAUUAACAUAUAUGCAUAUUUUUAUUCUAAAUAAAACUUGCACUGAAGAUAUCA